AUGUCGACUACGAAUAGUAUCAAGGUCGUGGCCCGGUUCCGGCCGCAGAACCGCAUCGAGCUCGACUCUGGCGGCCAGCCCAUCGUCAGAUUCGAUGGCGAGGAUACUUGUACCAUAGAUUCCAGAGAGGCGCAAGGCUCGUUCACGUUCGACCGCGUCUUUGACAUGUCAUGCAAGCAGUCCGACAUUUUCGAUUUCUCUAUCAGGUCCACGGUCGAGGAUAUCUUGAACGGCUACAAUGGCACUGUGUUUGCCUAUGGACAGACCGGUGCCGGCAAGUCCUACACCAUGAUGGGAACCAGUAUAGAUGACGAUGAAGGCCGUGGUGUUAUCCCGCGUAUCGUGGAACAGAUCUUUGACAGCAUCAUGUCGAGUCCCGGGACAAUCGAAUAUACCGUACGAGUGAGCUACAUGGAGAUUUACAUGGAGAGGAUCCGAGAUCUGUUGCAACCUCAAAACGACAACUUACCAGUACAUGAGGAGAAGAAUCGUGGUGUCUAUGUUAAGGGUCUGCUCGAGAUUUAUGUGUCAAGUGUUCAGGAAGUGUUUGAGGUCAUGAGGAGAGGUGGAAAUGCAAGAGCUGUGGCUGCCACCAACAUGAACCAGGAAUCCUCGCGUUCGCACUCUAUCUUCGUCAUCACUAUCACUCAGAAAAACGUGGAGACAGGUUCUGCGAAGAGUGGACAGCUCUACCUGGUUGAUCUGGCUGGUAGCGAAAAGGUCGGCAAGACCGGUGCGAGUGGUCAGACGCUCGAAGAGGCGAAGAAGAUCAACAAGAGUUUAAGUGCGCUGGGCAUGGUCAUCAACUCCCUCACAGACGGCAAAUCUUCACAUAUUCCCUAUCGAGACUCGAAGUUGACUCGUAUAUUGCAAGAGUCGCUAGGUGGUAACAGUAGGACAACGCUGAUUAUCAACUGCUCGCCAAGUAGCUACAAUGAUGCCGAAACCCUCAGCACACUCCGCUUUGGUAUGAGAGCCAAAUCGAUCAAGAACAAAGCCAAGAUCAAUGCCGAGCUUAGUCCUGCCGAACUCAAGGCCCUUCUCGCCAAAGCCAAAACUCAGAUUACCACGUUCGAGAAUUACAUUGUCAACCUGGAGGGUGAACUUCAGCUAUGGAGAGCUGGAGAGUCUGUCUCCAGGGAUCGAUGGGUACAACCGUUAUCUGCAGAUGCGCUCCCUGCGCCAAAGUCCCAGCCGGCCAGGCCAUCAACACCGUCAAGGCUCGCUCCCGAGAGUCGUGCAGAGACACCGGCCAUCUCAGAGCGUGCGGGGACGCCUUCUCUGCCAUUAGAUAAAGAUGAGCGCGAGGAGUUCUUGCGUCGUGAAAACGAACUACAAGAUCAAUUAUCCGAGAAGGAGUCUCUCGCUACAACAGCAGAGAAGCACUUACGCGAAGCCAAAGAGGAAUUGAACUUGCUGAAGGAGCAUGAUAGCAGAGUCGGCAAAGACAAUGAGAGGCUCAACAGUGAAGUGAACGAGGUCAAGAUGCAACUAGAGCGGCUAACGUUCGAGGGCAAGGAGGCUCAGAUUACGAUGGAUGCUCUCAAGGAGGCGAACUCGGAGCUCACUGCUGAACUGGAUGAGGUGAAGCAGCAGCUCCUAGAUGUCAAGAUGAGCGCCAAGGAGACGAGCGCAGUUCUCGAUGAGAAGGAGAGGAAGAAGGCAGAGAAGAUGGCCAAGAUGAUGGCUGGAUUCGAUCUUGGUGGCGAAGUCUUCAGCGACAACGAGCGCCAGAUCGCAGAGGUUAUUGACCAAGUAGAUGCGCUACAUGAGCAGAGCUCUACUGGCGACCCAAUUCCUCCAGAUGACUUGAAGGCGCUCCGUGCGAAGUUGGUUGCAACCCAGGGUAUUGUACGACAAGCUGAGCUCUCCUUGUACAGCGGGGCGUCAAGUGAUUCUGAAGCACGCCGCCGUGCCGAGUUGGAGGCGCGUCUUGAAGCCCUGCAGCAGGAAUACGAAGAUCUCUUGACUCGUAACCUUGGUGAGGGUGAUGCCGAGGAGAUCAAGUCUCGCCUUGCGCAAGCCUUUGCCGAUAGGCAGAACACGCAAGUUGAGCUAGUUGACGACCUACGGGCAGACAUCACCCGCAAGGUUGCUGAGAAUGAACGCAUGAAGGUCCUCAUUGAGGAUCUCCAGCGCCAAGUCAAGGCUGGCACUGCCGCGCCGAUGGCCAAUGGCAAGACCAUUGCUCAGCAGAUGGCUGAGUUCGACGUCAUGAAGAAGAGCCUGAUGCGCGAUCUCCAGAACCGUUGCGAGCGCGUCGUCGAGCUCGAGAUCUCCCUUGACGAGACUCGCGAGCAGUACAACAAUGUGCUGCGGUCGUCGAACAACCGCGCCCAACAGAAGAAGAUGGCCUUCCUCGAGCGCAACCUCGAGCAGCUCACCCAGGUGCAGCGCCAGCUCGUCGAGCAAAAUUCGGGCCUCAAGAAGGAGGUCGCCAUUGCGGAGCGCAAGCUCAUUGCCCGAAACGAGCGUAUCCAGAGCCUGGAGAGCCUAUUGCAGGAUAGUCAGGAGAAGAUGGCGCAGGCCAACCACAAAUUCGAGGUCCAGCUUGCAGCCGUUAAGGAGCGACUGGAGGCAGCCAAAGCCGGCAGCACCCGUGGUCUUAACUCGCCCACAGGCCUGGGAGGCUUCAACUUCGCCAACGCCGGCAGCCGCAUCGCCAAGCCCCUGCGCGGAGGAGGCGGCGAUAACACCGCCACCAACCCGGCUAUUGCCAACCUCCAGGGCGGCGGCGAGAACAAGCGCUCGAGCUGGUUCUUCCAGAAGAGCUAA